AUGUCGUCCAGCCGAACAUGGGGCCGCGCCAUGGCCAGCCCUCCCCCGAGCGAUGGCCACAUACCCUCGUCACCCUCGACCAUGAUGCCCCCCUCCUCGCCGAUACAGGAUGGCUCUUCCCGAAAACGAUCCCGAAGAGAACGACGCGAGCCGACCAUAACCCCAAGGAAAUUCAGGAGGUUCUUCACUCCCCGGAGCGAGAGGCUUGCCAUACCCUUCGAUGCCAGAUCUAUCCUCGGCGAGUCGAGCGAGUCGGCCCUCAACGCCGCCCAUCUGACAUCGCCUGCAUCGACCCUCGAAGACAAGCUCGAUUCAAGAUCCGUUGAUUUCAACGUUGACGUUCCGCAAGACGCAAGGAGGAAGACUCUCAACCUCUUCGGAGGAUCGAUCGACUACAACAAUGCAUCACGCAGAGACUCAGGGGAGACUCUUCCCGAUGCGAGGAAACGAAGGAGGACCGAGGCCUCUGACCUGCUGUCUUCGCCCUCGAUUGGGAGUGUGCGCACGUCUAACUUGACCGCUCAUAAUUUGAGAGCUCUGGGUGCUCAGACUCGUUCCGGCUCCACGCUCGGUUUCGAGAGCAAGCUCGCACAAUCAUCUCAUGCUGGUUCCAGUGAUGCGAUGAUGCUUGACUAUAAACCAAAGCCUGUCAUGAAGCUCCGCAACCGGGGGUUUGCCGCACAGCUGCUGCUCCGCGAGCAGGGUAUCACGCCGAGGCCUGGACUGGAGAGAAUCGACUGCCCAGCUCAUGAUCAACGCAGCGAAACCACUCGCUUCUUCACUCGUGAUACAGAUGUCUACACGUGUACUUCAAGCCUCGGCCGAGGGCAUACUAUUCCCUUCAGUCUCGCCAGUUGUCACACUACCCCCUUGACUGCCGUCGGCGAUGAGGAGGGAUUUAUUCGUCUCUUUGAUACAAAGUCCGUUCCCGCCCAUGUAUCAGAACCCACCAAGGUCAAAAUCGCCGUCCAAGCUCACAAUAACGCCAUUAUGGACCUGGCCUUCUCACACAACGAUCUCAGACUGGCAACCGCCUGCGGAGACCACAGCGGCAAGAUCAUGGAUGUCAUGUCCCAGUCAAUAGCCGUGGAGCUGAACCACGGCCAGUACCAAGCCAUGCGCCGCGUCAAGUUUCAACCCGGCCAGGCCAAUGGUGACGUGCUUGCGACUUCGGACCGGGACGGCACGAUCCAAAUCUGGGACAUUCGUUGCAGCACCUCUCCCGCCGUAUCUUUCACAACGAUGGGGCCUCGAGGACCCAUUGCUCGCGAUCGUGAUCUGCCCGCAUCAAGGACAAGGCCGUUGAACACCAUGCUCGAAGCCCAUGUUCGUGUUGUCGAGGGUGAGACCAGAGGAGCCUCGGUCACGGCUCUCGAGUGGUUGCCUGCAGGACGGGAGCAUCUCCUCCUCUCCGCUUCGGAAGCCAACUCUUGCAUCAAACUCUGGGACACCCGCUACGUCACCUCCAGUAACCGAGCAGCCACCCCCUUGUCCGCCACAGCGACCCCUUCGACCCACGCCUGGCGCCCAUACGGCCUGACGUCCAUGUGCCUCAGUUCCGAUGCCUCCCGUCUCUACGCCGUCUGCAAAGACAGCACCGUAUACGCCUACUCGACCGCCCACCUCAUGCUCGGACCCGCGCCACAACUCUCCCGCAACCCGCCCCGCCAGAAGCUAGGUUCUGCCUCCCCUGGUCUGGGCCCCCUCUACGGCUUCCGCCACCCCGCUCUCACCGUCGGCUCCUUCUACGUCCGCUCCGCCCUGCGCACCGUCGGCACGGGAAACGGUCCCGAACUUCUCGCCGUCGGCAGCGCCACAUCCAGCGCCAUCCUCUUCCCGACCGACGAGCGCUUCCUCCGCGAGAAGUGGGAUCGCGAAAGCCACGACCCAAACCACGACUGGGACGCCAGUGCGAGGCGUCCCGGCCCCAGCUCCGGUGCCGCCGCCGACACACGCAUCCCCAUUGUCCACAACGGCACGCAGCUCGCAGACGGGCACCAGCGCGAGGUCACGGGCCUCAGCUGGUCAAACGAGGGCAAGCUCGUCACCGUCUCGGACGACUACACUGUGCGGCACUGGCAGGAGGACGCCUGCGAGGGCGCCGGCGAUCGCAACGAGGACGUCCCGAGGGACGCCCGCGACCUGCGCACCUGUGGCGGUUUCGGCCGGAAGCGCUGGAUGGCGGGCUGGGCGCGGACCGAGGAGGGUGCGAGCUGGGACGACGAUGAUGACGACCACUCCGAGUGCUGA